AACAGUACUAGUUGAAUUUUACCUAAAAUAACCUUAGAAAAUCUCACAUUUUCACUUGUUUCGCUAGUGUGUCAAGAAAACAAUACAAUUUUCACAGAAAAUCUUAUAUCAUGGCGAACAACAAAGAAAAUGAGGCUAAUCAAGGACAACAGGUCAACAGUAAGCUCAGUGCAGAGCAAAAGGAGAUCAUGAAUGCGAUUGAAACCAAGAAUUUGGAAGCAUUCUACAAGAUCUUGGCUGAAAACCCAAAAGAAGAUAUAAACUUUACUGAUGAUGACAAAAUGACACCCUUACAACAAGCGGCAUAUCGCGGCAAUACUGAUAUGGUCAAACUUUUACUUAAAAGAGGAGCUGAUGUUAACAAAUGUGAACAUGCUAAUGACUACACCACCCUUCACUUUGGAGCCCUUAGCGGAAACGUGGAUGUGUGCCAUCUUCUCCUCGCUGCCGGCGUGAAAACCAACGCGUUGAACUCCAUCAACCGCACCGCAGCACAACUGGCGUCAUUUGUGGGCUACCACAAUAUUGUAAGCACAAUCAACAACUUUAUACCAAAAGCAGAGAUUGAUCACUAUUCGAAAAUCCAAGGAAGUCAAACAAAACCCUUCAUUGAUCCAGAAAUUACUGAAAAUGUCUACAAGUUUGUGUUGAUGUACAACAUGCACCCAAUGAAGAUUGCAAUGCUGUUGAAUGCUUAUUCCCUAGCUGAUCAUAUUGAUGGUGUGAAGAAGGUUUUGGAGUUGAUGUCAGAGAAAGAAAUGAAAGCAAAGGCUACAAAUGAAGUACUGGCGUUCAAGUAUCACUAUUUGUCAUUCAUGCUGGGUGAAAUUAAGAAAAUAAUUAUGGAGAUGAAGGAUUCCAAAGGUAAAAAGAGAAGAAAGAAAAUAAACCUGAAAAAAUGACGAAAAGAUCGAAGACACUGAGAAGCAAGAAAAACCUUUGUCGAUGUUUUCGCUAAACAGAUUUUACGUGUGAAUCGUUCAGGAGAUCAGGAUGCAAUGGACCAGAUGAUUCGACACGCUGUCAAGUCAUUUCCAUACAUAGAAAGUACUUUGCUCAGGCAGAUGGUGGCUUCGUUGACAGCGGAUGAGAACUCUCCGUCGGCGUUGAGCAUAGUUUCUGCCGCCGUGAACGGCCAGAGGGCAUUCGUAGAUGAAUCCGGAAGUUGUGGAACAUGCGGGGAAGAGAAGGCGACUAAGAAAUGCGCAAAGUGCAAGUGCGUCUCAUAUUGCGAUAAAUAUUGCCAGAAAAUGCACUGGUUUGUGCACAAGAAAAUGUGCAGCACAAUGGAGGCUCACAAUAAGAAAAAGAAUCUGCAAGUUGAUUCGAAGGAGCUGAAUAAUGACUUGGCGGGGAUUCUUGCUGGGCAAUAGUCAUCAUUGACGAUUAUUUGAUUAAAAAUUACUUCAAAUGCACUUAAAUUUAUGUAUUUUGUGUAUGUACACGUGGUAAUAAGUGUAUAGAAUGUUAUUCGAAAGAAACAGUUUUUGUUUUUGGAGUUAUUAUGUAUAGAAAGGAAAUUUAUCUAA